AUGCGACACUUGCAAAGGGUAGCGGCCCUGGCGGGCCUUGGUGUCGCCGUAUGGCCAAAGGAAUCUAGCGCAUGGUUGGCACCGAGCAGACGUCAUAAUGGAUCAGCAACCGGAAACUUUGAUGCUCCUAUAUCUAUGCUUGAAUCCCAGUGGGGUUCUCCUUAUACGGAGAUAGAAGUAUUGAAGUCUGCAGAUGCAUUAGAUUUCGUUUUUUCUCGUGUUCUUGGUGACACGGAUGCGGAUCUGUUGCCAGCAAUUGAAUAUGAAGAAAUGGCAAAACAGGAAGGAGGUCUAUCCCCUGAAGAUAAAGAAGCAUUUGCCUGCAAUCUUACAGGAUACACCAUGAAUGGUGAUACAGGAUUAUACCAAACAGUUCGUGGUUUAGAGGUGGAUACAGAUUGCCAACAGAUGUGUGGGCAAGUCCAAGGAUGUAUACUAGCUACAUUUGAUGGAUCAAAUUGUAAGAUGUAUUCCUCUGUAGGUACAAUAGAAGAAGGAAGAGGAUCAAUAGUUAUACAGGGGUGUGAUAAUUCAUGUUAUAGAAGAGGACAACGACAUAAAGGAGAAGGAAUUUCUUUAGGGAAAGCAUUAAAUCCUCAUGUAUGCCAAGCAAUAUGUAGAGGAAAAGAGGAUUGUAUUGGUUUUUCAUGGGAAAGAUCUACAUUAGAGUGUACAUCUUAUACAAAAGAAGAUGAUUAUACACCUUCUCGUGGUUAUGUUAGUGGUCCUCGUGAUUUAUGUACAUUAAAUACUAAACCUGCUAAUUAUGCAGGUAAUAUAAGUCUUGCUAAUUAUAGCGGUAAUGCAAAUAACGAUGUAGAGACAGCGAAUGUUGCAUCUGAGGAAUUAUGCAGACGUAUGUGCUUAUUAUCCCCUACAUGUAAUUGGGUAACUUAUAAUACAGCAGACUAUAAAUGUUACCAAAAAAGUGCUAAAGGAGUAAUAGUUAAGGCAAAAGAAGGAGAUAGAACAUCAUCAAGAUUAGCUGAUUCAAGUUGUUACCUAAAGGAUGUUAAAUAUACAGCAGAUCCUUAUACAACUAAUCAGAAAGAAUAUCUACAGGAAUGUGUGCAUGCAUGCUCUGUAGAUAAUAGAUGUAAUAGAUGGACAUAUAAUACACAAAAUAAAAAUUGCCAAUUAUUUGAUGGAGAAGGACCUUAUACUAGUGAUUAUAAUGCAUUAAAUACAUGGAGUGGUCCUUCUUCUGGUUGUGCAGCUGAGCCUAUCUAUCUAACACAGCCUGAUGCUCCUGCAUGCAGUAUUCGUGGUGUACGUUAUGGAGGAUUUCCUAUUAAUUCAGUAGUAAGUAAUAAUGCUAAUGAAUGCCAAUCUGCAUGCGAUUCAGCUACAGGAUGCGAAGCAUUUUCUUAUGAUUUUAUAGGAAAAGUAUGCUACUUUUAUAUUGCUAUUAAUGCACAGACUAAAAUACCUAAUUAUAAUUUUAUAUCUGGACCUAGACAAUGUGCAGGUUGCCAAGAAGGGGCUGUUGAAUAUAGUGGUGCAAUCAAGGAAAUCGCAUCAGGUGUCGAGACACCCGAGGAGUGCCAACUUAUAUGCCAAGCAACAGCUCAUUGUUCACGAUAUACUUUCCGUGGUAAUCGUUGCAGUCUAUUUAAUAGCCAAGCAACAUCAGAACCAAGCCCCAUGGCAAUUAGUGGUCCUCGUUAUUGUACAGGUGCAUGCGAUUUAAAUGGAUAUUUUGCUCCAAUGAAGGAUUAUGGUUAUAUGCAACAAAGAGAAACAGAAACAAAAGAAGAAUGCCGUGCAUUAUGCAAGAAGGACCCAAAAUGCAGUAACUUUACCCAUUGGGAGGAUAAGAGAUGCUAUCUUAAGGAUGAUGAAUCAUUACGUCAUGUUGGUGUACCUAAGGAAAGUGCAUCAACAGGUUUCUUAUCCUGUGGUAGCUGUCUUGCAGAGGGUGUAGGUAUAAAGGUAGAUAAUACGAAUUUAUUAUGGAGAUUAGAGGCAUAUAAUGGAGAAGAAUGCCGAUGGAGGUGCGACAUAAUGAGUUCUUGUGCAAGAUUUGUAUAUAAUGUAUUAACAAGAGAAUGUACAUUAUUAAAAGGAGAUGCAACAAAGACGAAUUCUUCUGAAUUAAUUUCUGGUCCUUCUCGUUGUACAGUAGAUAAUUCAUGUUAUAUAAAUAAUAGAAUAAUAGAGGGAGGAGAAAAGAUAAAAAGUGCAGAAACAAAUACAGCAGAAGCAUGUCAAGAAUUAUGUAUAAGAAAUGCUAAAUGUACACAUUUCUCUUAUAAUAAUAAUAAUAAUAAUGGUCAAUGUACCUUAUUAGCAGGUAAAUUAACAACAAGAGAAGAAGAAGGAAUAAUAUCUGGUCCUAAGAAAUGUUUUGCAUUAAAAUCUUUAUGUAAUGAGAAUUCAAUUACUUAUGAAGGAGGAGAGAUAAAUAAUUCAGCUGUAGAUACAGUAGAAGAAUGCCAAAAAGUUUGCGAACUUAAAUCUAAAAUUAAGGAAAUAAAAGAGGAUACAAAUGCUGUAUCCGGACCAAGAAGGUGCUAA